GACAGAUGUAGCGACAACAUCCCAAACAAAAACCGCUUAUUUGUGCUGAGAUGAGCCCGUCUGCCUUCUGUGUGUUGGCAUUCAACUUCACUAAACAAAAGGACCAGGGGGAAACAUCUUGGAUUACCUUUCCCCUUUUCAACGCUCAAAACCAGCCGUGGCUUCUCACACUCACACACUCACACACACCACCGCCAUUCAAUGCUUUGAGUUAACCAACAAAGUUUAUUUAAGUGUUGUUAUGUUAUUGGGGCCGUAAGUGGGGGGGAAUUAGUGACUUUUUGGUUUUGAACAACGGCAGCGUCGUGGCCCGUGGCUUACUGUCAGCACAAGGCUGCCGGCACCUUCGACACAUGACGGUACUGACACCAUUAAUGUCAACAUCUGAGUCAUCUAAAUUUUUUAAAAAGCGUUUAUUUAACAUUUCUCUUAUUUGAUUUUAAACAUGUGGCACAUUGAUUUUUGUUUGUUUGUUUUUUUUGCUAGAAUUCAGGCGACAUAUUUUAACCCAAACAAUGACCAAAACAGGAGUGAAUUGACUUACUACUUACUAGAAAUUCUUAGGGGUGUGUUUAUAUAAAUAUAUUUUUAGGAUUAUCCGGAAACUUUUUUUUUUUUUUUUGUCCUAUUUUUGGCAUAAAGUUUGCAAGACAACACAGCUACAACAGCCGGCAAGCCUUUGCAACUCCCUCUUCCUCUGUUUAAUGCCAGAAAAUGUCCACAAAGUGCCACCAUGCAUGUAUUCCCAGAGAAAUGUCUCCAUAAGCCUGGAAAUAGUAAAUAUGUACUUUGAAUUGGCUCAUAUGGGCAGCCUGUGCCUGUGCGUGUGUGUGUGUGUGUGUGUGUGUGUGUCUCGGGGCAGGGCUGACCCCGCCCCUUUAUGCUAAUUAAGGUCUCCCAUUGGUGUGUCAGGGGAGCAGGCCGGCUCUGAUUGGCCAGGUCGAAGCCAUUUAUUCGCUGACAGCCCCGUCACAUGAAUGGUUGUCUAUUAACUUGUUCAAAAACUAUCUGGAGUUGUCAAGGCUCGGGCGGACAGAGGCGAAAAAGUACAGUUUGUUAAUGCUUUUUCGGAGAAGCGACGGGAGAAGUUUUGUGGACACAACAUAGCAGGGACCUAUUGGGAGAAAGCUCUCCGUCUCACACUCACUCACUCACUCACACUCACACACUCUCACACUCACACACACACACACACACACACACACGCUCACUCUGAAGCACACUCGCUGAGAGGGAGAGAGAGAGAGAGUGAGAGUGUGUGGAGACGCGGCUUGGUGCUUGUUCUUGGGUUUUUUUUUUUGGGGUCCAGAGAAAAAGUUGCAGAGAAAAAUCGACAGGUAACUUCCAGCAGCAGCCCUGCGCUCCUCACUGUCCUGCCUCUGGCUUGUGGAGUUUGUCUCUGUGUGUGGUUCCUUUUUUUUUUCUCCCCCCUCUGCUCGGAAACUCCAACUAAACGCUGUUCCUGAUGUAUAACAUGAUGGAGACUGAACUGAAGCCCCCAGCUCCCCAGACUAACACGGGGGGCACGGGCAACACCAACACGUCCGGCACUGGCACCAACCAGAAAAACAGUCCGGAGCGGGUCAAGAGACCCAUGAACGCGUUCAUGGUGUGGUCCCGAGGCCAGAGGAGGAAGAUGGCCCAAGAAAAUCCCAAAAUGCACAACUCGGAGAUAAGUAAGAGACUGGGCGCGGAGUGGAAACUUCUGUCGGAGAGCGAGAAGAGACCUUUCAUCGACGAAGCCAAGAGGCUGCGGGCCCUGCACAUGAAGGAGCAUCCGGAUUACAAAUACCGGCCCCGGCGGAAAACCAAGACCCUCAUGAAGAAGGACAAGUACACCUUGCCCGGCGGGCUGCUGGCUCCGGGAGGAAACGGGAUGGGAACUGGGGUCGGUGUAGGGGUGGGCGGCGGGUUGGGCGGCGGGGUGAACCAGCGGAUGGACAGCUACGCGGCGCACAUGAACGGCUGGACCAACGGGGGCUACGGCAUGAUGCAGGACCAGCUGAGCUACCAGCACCCCGGGCUGAACGCGCACAACCCGAGCCAGAUGCAGUCCAUGCACCGCUACGACAUGAGCGCCCUGCAGUACAACACCAUGACCAGCUCCCAGAGCUACAUGAACGGCUCCCCGACAUACUCCAUGUCCUAUUCCCAGCAAACCACGCCGGGGAUGACCGCCCUGGGCUCCAUGGGGCCCUCCUCGGUGGUGAAGUCCGAGUCCAGCAGCUCCAGCCCGCCCGUCGUCACCUCGUCGUCCCACCGGGCCGCCCCGGGCUGCCAAAGCGGAGACCUGAGGGACAUGAUCAGCAUGUACCUGCCCGGGGCGGAGGUCAGCGAGCAGACCGCCCAGACCAGGCUACACAUGUCCGGGCACUACCAGAGCACCGUGCCCGGGACGACGAUCAACGGCACGCUGCCCUUAACACACAUGUAAGAGACACAAAGCAGAGAGAAAGAGAGAGAGAGAGAGAGAAAAAAAAGAACUUUUAUAUGAGAAACUGUGGACUACUUAACGUUGGACUAUUUUUGUACAGAAAAAUUUCGGGGUGGGAAAAGUUGUAUAGAAGUCUCCAGGAAAAGGACACACGACUCUUUUUUUUUUUUCUUUCAUUUUAUUCUAAGGAAGCUCUAGAGGAAACGGUAGGAGAUCCCCUCUUCACUGGUGGAUGAAGUUUGGAAGACUAGAAAGUGGGAGUCGCAAUCAAAUGUUUUAUUAUUGCAAUCACCUUUUGUACAGUAUUUAUCAAAGAAACAUUACAAUCAGAUGAAAUUGUUUGUUAAAUUGCAAGAGGUUGCGUUUUUUUUCUUUUUUUUUCUUUUUAUUUUUUUUUUAAUAUAAAGCAACGCCAGUUCUGCAGAAAAUAUUAAACGUGAAAAAAGGCAGAACUGGAAUUAUAUGGGAGCGAUCAGUUAUGCUCCUUUAUUACUGCAAACAUUGGAAAGAAAAAGGGACAUAAAACGAAGCAGGUAAUACUGUUUUUUUAUUUCAUUCAAGGUCAAUGUUACUAAACAUUUUAAUUUCUUAAAAAAAAAAAAAAAGAUAAGACACUUUUUUCUCAUACAGCUUAAAAUAUAGGUUGUUAAUUUAUAUUUCCGUCUCCCACUUUUCAUCUGUUAGAGGUAUGACGCUUGUGCUCUUUAUUUUCUAAUUGAUUUGUACAAUUUCUGUAUAUUUACUGUGAUAUUUUAAGUUUUUAUUUCAAAAUUCAUUCCCGUAGUUGUAUUUUAAAAAUUGUGGCCUGUACGCAGAAGCCAACCACUCCAUGUAUAUAUAUACCGGAACUAAUACCAUCCUUAUAACAGUUACAGUUUCAGCUGAGUAUAUUUUUUUUCAAUAUGCAGUUUGAAAUGAAU